GACAGGACUGCUUAUGCAGGUCUCUAAUUGAGUAGUGGCAUUCUGUUGCAGGUACUCACAAGCAUGGAAUCCAGUACUACGGGCAAGACACCUCACCCCAAAGGGAAAAGCCUCCCUGUCUCGGAAAAGAAAGAUAAAACACCAGAGAAAAGUUCUCCUGUGGUCCAGGAAGAGCCAGUACCUUCAGGCUCUAAGGCUAAUCAAGCCCUUGUAGAGUCGCUAGCUUCGGUCAUAAAACAAGCAGUAGUGCAAGGUUUUCAGGAAGCGACUGGCUCUAAGAAGAGACAGAGGCAUUCAUACUCCAGACAGUUGGAAUCACUGUCGGAAAUCUCAGAAGGGGAAUUGUCAGAGUUGUCUGAAGUACACUCACCCUUAGGCUCAGACGAAGGGGAAAUUGAGUCCGAGGAAGAAUCUAAUUUUGAUGUAUCAGUGAUUGAACCUCUAAUCAAGGCGGUGAGGCAAACAUUGACCUUUCCCACAGAUUCUUCAAAAGUUUCAUCGGCGGAUAAGCUUUUUCCUUCGUUAAAGAAGAGGUCGGCAGGUUUUCCAGUGCAUGCCUCAAUAAAAGAGAUUAUUAAAGAAGAGUGGAAGAAGACUGAGAAGAGACCUCAGACGGCUGGGAAGUUUCAAAAGAAAUAUCCGUUUGAGGAGGAGGAUGCUAAAUUCUGGGACUCUCCUCCCAAGGUCGAUGCAGCUGUGGUCAGGCUGGCUAGGAAGACGACUCUUCCAGUGGAUGACGCAGCAGUAUUUAGAGAGCCAAUGGAGAAGAAAAUGGAGUUUAAUUUAAAGAAAUCUUUUGCAGCAGCAGGGGCAGCCUGCAGACCAGCAGUGGCUCUAACAUCUGUCUCAAGAGCAGUGAAAGUAUGGCUCUCAAAUAUAGAAGAAGCGAUUUCAUCUAAUAUUAAAAGACAAAAAUUACUAGAGAUGCUGGCUGAUUGUAAACUAGCCAUUGACUUCAUGUCAGAAGCUUCACUGGAUUUGGUUCAUUUCACAGCGAGGUCCAUGGCGCUCUCGGUGGCAGCAAGAAGAGCUCUGUGGCUGAAACCUUGGGCAGCGGACGCAGCAUCAAAGACGAAUUUGUGCCAACUUCCCUUCGAGGGAGACAUGUUAUUUGGGGAAAAACUGGAUGCCAUUAUUAAAAAGGUCUCAGGAGGCAAAAGUGUUUUUCUGCCUCAAGAAAACAAGGCGAAGCGAGGAAGGUUUGAACCUCCAUACUUCAGAGAUAAAGAUAAAUCGUUUAGGGCAUCAAGGCAAUACAGACCCGGGAGAGAAUAUUCAAGACAAUCCUCUUGGAGGGCUGGACGCCCGGGUGCCAGAAGUAAUUUGAAGAGAGCAAGUUUUUUCUCCUCUUCUUCAGCCUCAACGCAACAACAAUGA